GUGGGAGGUGGCAGGUAGCUUUUAGUGCUUCAACGAUCCAACACUCACUUCAUCUCCACGCACCGCUUCUCUCGGGUCAAGCUCCAAAUGCCGGCUUAACACAUUCUUCGAGAUUCUUAACAAAGUCCAGCGAUCCCAUAACUAAUACGGAUAACAAGAAGAUAAACCGAAAGGAAAUUCAUUCAAGCAUUUAUGAAGAAAGUAGUGUUGACUAAAUAAGUGAAGAAAACAAGUCAGGAGAAACUUAAAAAAUAAAGUAAAAAGUAAGGAAGUGACAAUUAAGGCCUUGCAAGUGAAAAGUAAAAAAAAACUACUAGGGAGGGAAGAAAUACAGAAACGAGGACUAAAAAAUAUAAGGAAGUGAAAAAAUAUAGAAGAAAGUGAAAAAGUGCGGGAGAAAUAAGGCACAUAGAGCAAGUAGAAGUUAAAAGGAAAACGAGAAACAUUAAGUGUAGUGAUUUCAUCUCCAUGAGAUUUAUAUUAUCAAAAGGUGUUCACAAAGUGUUGGUCAAUCGGACAAAGUGACAAAAGUUGUUAAAAAGCUGCGGUUUUGCCGGAGUUAUCCCUCUCGAGACGGAUUCUUGCGAGUGAGCGCAGAACCUAGCCCCGCCGUUGAGCAGCAGCAGAGCAGCGCAGAAUCAGCAGGAAGAUUUCGCCAAAUUCUCCUCAGCAACCAAGAUACGACCCUCGCUAAGCGAGACAAUCAGCUAAGAGACAUCCUUCUCUGAUUUUUUCCCCAAGCCAGAUUCAUCCAACCGCGCGGACAUCGUAGGAUGGUAGAAGGUGAACCUGACACAAAGCACAAUCAUAAGAGUGAUGUAAAAGACGAUCGCCUAAACGGCUGCGGUUCCAAGGACCUAGAACUCGCACGAAUUGGGUCAAAGGGCAAAACUCUAGAUCCCGAGAAAGGAUCCUACGUGAAAGCUGACUUCGAGAAGGCUAUCGAACUAACCGAGUAUGGCAAGUUUCAUUAUUUCCUGCUCGCAGUAUGCGGGUUCGUUAGCACGAGUGAGGAGAUGGACGUAAUUUCUAUGUCCUUUAUCUUGCCGAGUGCACAAUGUGACCUAAAGCUCGAUACCCAAGCGAAGGGAUGGCUCAACUCCAUCAUCUUCAUAGGGAUGAUGGCGGGCGCCUACGCGUGGGGCUCAGUGGCAGACGCCCUAGGCCGACGCAAGGUGCUCAUUGCCAUAUCCUUUAUGAACGCCCUCUGCAUCGUCGCUUCCAGCUUCAGCCAGUCCUACGAACUAUUUAUGUUCUUCCGUUUCCUCAACGGAGCUGCCCUUGGUGGCAGCGGACCGGUAAUCUGGUCGUACUUUGCGGAAUUUCAGCCCAAGUCGAAACGAGGCUCCAUGCUCUCCUUUAUGGCAGCAUUUUGGACCUUGGGAAACCUCUUUGUAGCUGGACUGGCAUGGUUGAUCAUCCCUAACGACAUUGGUAUUACGGGCCCAUCAUUCACGUACAACUCUUGGCGAAUCUUUCUGCUGAUCUGCGCUGUUCCCUCCUUCGUAGUGGCGGGGCUACUCCUUCUAUUACCAGAAUCCCCCAAAUAUCUACUCUCUCGCGGAAGAUAUGAAGAAGCCCUCAACAUCUUCCGUAACAUUUAUGCCAUAAACACUGGCAAAAACCGCGAAUCUUAUUCGGUGCAUGAAUUAAUCCUCGAUGACUUACAAAAACCGUACCAGGUGAAGGUAGGCUCCGAGGAAAAGAACAAGUACACGAUCAUGUUAGGUGAUAUCAUGGACAACAGUAAAAAACUUUUCAUCUCACCUAUUCUACGUUUCACAGUCAUCUCCAUCAUUAUCAACUUCACCUUCCACAUUGGAUACUACGGGUUGAUGAUGUGGUUCCCUGAACUUUUCAAUCGCUUUGACGAGUUCAACCGUGAUCAUCCUGAUCAGGUUGCGACAAUCUGCGAAGUCACUGACUAUGUUGUAAACCACGGCUCACGCAGUGAUAGUACCAUCUGCUCCGACAAAAUCGGCGCUUCUGUUUUUAUGGAGUCUCUAAUUACAGUAGCAGCUGCCAUUCCUGCGAAUAUUGUUGCCGUCCUAGGAAUGGAUAGACUCGGCCGCAAGUUUUUCCUAGUAUUCAGUACCAUGUCGUCGGGUCUGUGUUCAAUUGGACUAUACUUUGUGUACAAUAAGUAUCAGAAUUUGGUUGUCUCGGCGAUCUUCAGUGGUGUAAUUAGUUGUGGAAAUGCAGCUCUGGAUUGCUUGAUCACUGAAGUAUUUCCAACAAACCUCCGGGCUACGGGGAUCGCCAUUUCAAUGGUCGCCGCUCGUCUUGGCGGGAUCAUCGGAAACAUUGUUAUAGCUCAGCUCCUGGACAUGUAUUGUCCAGCUCCCACCUUCAUCGUUGCAGCUCUUCUUAUUGGUGGAGGUCUGCUUUGCUUAUUUUUACCAAACACAACGCGGGAACCACUUUCUUGACACCGGCGGAAACAAUUCGCUCAAAGAGCCGUGUACAAUAGUCAUAAAGCAUUUGUAUCAACUACGUAUAAUAAGCAUCUCUUCGGUGUUAAACACAGGGUUAAAAUGAUUCAUCCAAGAAAAGGAUUUGCUCUCAAAUAUCGAGAAACUUGCCCUUCCUUCUUAAUGAACUUCACCUCUUAAGAAUCAACCUGAAUUAACCGACUGUUAGCGACUCUUCGGUUCGGUAUUACAAUUUAAAUCCUAUAACGGAUAUAAGUCAUAUUGUUCUUCAGACAUCAUUCCCAGUCAAUGAAAAACCUUCAAUUACCAAAUGACAUCACAUGUGCCUCGAAUUGAACUGUCCUGAUUGACUCACUACCAAAAAUACACAUUAAUAUAUUGACGCCCAACGAUUCAAAAAGCAACUUCUUUCAAAGCCGUAUCUAGUUUUCCUCAGUAUUUCAACAAAUUUAAGACUAUGGAGACUCUAAGCAGAAGUUUAAAGUGCACGUCCACAUUGUUAUUUUUUAAAUAGAUAUAAGCGUAAAAGUGUAGAUUUAGAAAAUAUGUCCCAAGUCGUCGAAAGAUUAGCGCGAAUGUAUGAUAAGGAAUGAAAAUUGCAUUUACUUUUUGGGUGAUGCGAUUAUAUACAGUACAAUUAAUGACGUUAUCAAUUUUUUCGAAAUUCUGACAGAAUAUUGAAGAAGGAGUUUAAUCAUAUUGUAACUGUUCUUUAUUGUGCUAGCAAGAGACAAUGACGGUUUAUAAAAAAUAAGAAACAGUAUUCCAUCCGCUCGACUCUUAAAUGUAAAUGACACUGCAUGUUCUUUUUGUUAAAGAUCUUCUUCGUCUCUUUUGCACCCAUUUUUAUUGAUCACUUUGUAAAUACAAUUUGCCGCAUAUGAAUUACUACCGAAUUUUAAAUUGUAACUCAUACACCUAGGAAACUUUGUUAUAGAAACGAAACAAAUAAAAACGACGCGGUUGUUAUUUCAGUUGUAAUUUUAUUUUAUGGUCUUUGUGACCAGAUCUUAUGUAAUAAUAACUCAUUGUUAUCAUUCCAAUCUUGUAAUUACAAUCACGAGAGUGUGUAUUGCAUAUUAUUACUCGCCCUUAGAAUACUCAAUGAAAAUAAAAGACGAAAGACUUUUUUAGUCCGCAAACGGAA